AUGCCACGAAUCUUUCUAGCCCGACACGGCGAGACCGAAUGGUCCAUCUCGGGCCAACACACCGGACGCUCCGACAUCCCCCUCACCCCACACGGCGAAGAGGUGAUGCGACAGCUCGCGCCCAGCAUCGUCGGUGUCGGCAACGGAAAGCUCAUCGACCCCACCAAGCUCAACCACAUCUUUGUCAGCCCGCGCAAACGAUCCCAGCGCACGCUCCAGAUCAUGCUCGAGCACAUCCCUGCCUCCCAACGCUCUGCCAUCCCAGAGGUGGAGGUGGAAGAGAACUGCCGCGAGUGGGAUUACGGUGCCUACGAAGGACUCAAGACCGAUGCGAUCCGUGCCAAGCAUCCCGGAUGGGAGAUUUGGACCGAUGGAACACCCGAUCAUCCCGAAAAACCCGAAGAGCUGCCCGGAGAGUCGGCCCAACACAUGAGCGACCGUGUCGACUCCGUCAUCGCCAAGAUCCGUUCGCUGCAGUCGGGACACGUGGACAAGCGCAACCAGGGUCACGAUGUGGGUGGCAAGACGUGCGAUGUGCUGCUCGUCUGUCACGGACAUUUCAACCGCGUGUUUGUGGCUCGCUGGUUGGGAUUGCCAUUGCCCAAGGGUCGCUUGUUCGAGAUGGAUGCGGGGGGGAUGGUGGUGUUGGGGUAUGCGCAUCACAACUUUGCCGAGCCUACGGUGGCCGGGAUCUUUUCCAGCAAGACCGGUCCCAAGGGUGACAAGGAAGGUGCACCGGGGUCGUGCGGUUCAGCGAAGCACGAAGAGUCGCAGUACCUGGAGCUUGUCCAGCGGGUCAUUUCCACGGGUGAAUCUAGACCCGACCGUACAGGUACGGGUACCAUUGCUCUCUUCGCUCCCCAACCCAGUCUCCGUUUCGACUUGACCAACGGCACCUUGCCACUGCUCACCACCAAGCGCACCUUCUUCCGCGGAGUGCUCGAAGAGCUCCUCUGGUUCGUUGCCGGAAAGACGGAUUCCAAGUUGCUCACGGACAAAGGCGUGCACAUCUGGGACGGCAAUGGAUCUCGCGCAUUCCUCGACUCGCGCGGACUCUCGCAUCGCCGUGAAGGCGAUCUCGGUCCAGUCUACGGCUUCCAAUGGCGUCAUUUCGGUGCCACCUACAAAGACUGCGAUACCGACUACACCGGUCAAGGAGUCGACCAACUCGCCUCCGUCAUCGACAAGAUCAAGAACAACCCUACGGAUCGACGUAUCCUGCUGUCGGCGUGGAACCCCGCAGACCUCGAGCUGAUGGCCUUGCCGCCGUGUCACAUGUUCGCGCAAUUCUUCGUCUCCAACCUGGACGCGUACGCACGCGGAGAAGGCAAAAAGCACCUCUCGUGUCAGAUGUACCAGCGCAGUUGCGAUCUCGGACUGGGCGUUCCGUUCAAUAUUGCUAGCUACGCUCUGUUGACGUACAUGAUCGCCAAGGUGACCGACUGCGAGCCGAAGGAGUUGGUGUUGGCGAUGGGAGACGCUCACGUGUACAAGGACCACGUGGAGCCAUUGAAGGUGCAGCUGGAAAGGGAUCCUUUGCCCUUCCCCACGUUGAGGGUCGAUAGAGAUAUCAGGGAUAUCGAUGACUUCAAGUACGACGACUUCAAGGUAGAGGGCUACAAGUGUCAUGGAAAGAUCGAUAUGAAGAUGAGCGUUUGA